AUGCUGAUAAUUCUAUUGAUGACUAUAUUGCUGAUUUUACAUAAUGGUGAUAAUAUCACCUUCUUCAACGGAGUCUUUGAAAAUGUGGAAGGUGUUGCUUUGUUCUUUGACUGUUUGGGCUCUCACUUCACUUGGCUUCAGUCCAUAUUCACCAGCUUUCCUCCGUUGCUCAACUUGGUGAGCAGAAUGAAGUGUGUGACUGGCAUUUGCCCCAAAGACUUUGAAGACUAUGGCUGUGCCUGCCGAUUUGAGAUGGAGGGCUUCCCUGUGGAUGAAGUAGAUGGCUGCUGUUUUCAACACCGGAAAUGUUACGAAGACGCAACCGAAGAAGAAUGCACCUGGGAUCCUGCUAAAGUCAUCAUGGACAUCAGUUGUCUAACCAAAAACAUCACGUGUGCCAUUGAAUGUUUCUUGCGUUCGCCCAUUAAUUCUUCCUUGAAUAAUUUUGAUGCUUCCCUCUGCUCCUCUCUGGUGACAGCCGUAACCCAGAAAGAUGCAACUGUUGCUUUUGAUAAUUCUGUACAAAGAGGAUUGUCAGAGAGCUAUUUUGCUACAAUAAGGGCUACAACUACUUCACCUGAGAUUAACAUAACAGAAGCGGAAUUCAUCCCAGCUUCAGAAUUUUCAAGACCAGCAAACCGUGGCAAAUGUUGUUUCUCCCAUCAAUGCUGCCUGGAACAAGUUAAAAGACUGGGAUGCCAGCCAGAAAAAAACCCAAGAUCUGAAGUUGUGUGCUUUGAUCACACACCAACAUGUGUUGGAUGGAGCCUGUGUGAAAAUCUCCUGUGUUCCUGUGAUAAAGCUGCAGCUGAAUGCAUGGCGGCAGCCCCGUUCAAUGAAAGCUGGAAGUUGCCCGGCAGACCGGCUUGCCAAGAGGACAAACUGGCUUGCCGCGGGGUGGGGCGUGAGAGGCCACCGGGCAGCCCCCCGAGAGGUGCCAGAACGUCUAGCGAAGAAGAAGAAGAAAGUAGCAGUGAGGAGGCGGAUCUAGCCCAGCCCCUCUUGAGACGGGGGAAAAGAGCGAUACGCCAUG